AUGAGUUCCAACAAGAAGAGUAGCCUCACGGGCUAUCUUCCGGAUAUCCUCAUGGCAGCUGCUGCCCCAUUAAUAGCCUACUUUGUCAUCCGCAACCUGCUCACGCGCCUCGAUCCCGAAGCCCAACAAAAAGAAGAAGCCCGCGCAAAGGCCACGGCCGCAACUCGCAAACUCGAUGCUAUUCUUACAAGUAAACGGCGGAAAAGCUAUAGCGAGUAUGACAGUGAAGAUGACGACGAGACGGACUCGCGGCAUCGACGGCCGCGGAUACAAGACCUCAACCUCAACACGUACGAACAAACAAUUGCUAUGGAAGUCGUUGCGCCCGAGGAGAUUCCCGUCAGCUUUGAGGACAUCGGAGGUCUCGACUCCAUCAUUGAAGAACUCAAGGAAUCCGUCAUCUAUCCCCUCACCAUGCCCCACCUCUACGCUCACAGUUCCUCGCUCCUCAGCGCACCUUCAGGUGUCUUGCUCUAUGGUCCUCCCGGUUGCGGAAAGACGAUGCUGGCCAAAGCCCUCGCACACGAAUCCGGCGCUUGCUUCAUUAACUUGCACAUUUCGACCUUGACGGAGAAGUGGUAUGGCGACAGCAACAAGCUUGUGAAUGCCGUCUUCAGUCUUGCGCGAAAGCUCCAGCCCAGCAUUGUGUUUAUCGAUGAGAUUGACGCGGUUCUUGGACAGCGACGAAGCGGCGAACACGAAGCCAGCGGUAUGGUUAAAGCAGAAUUCAUGACCCACUGGGACGGUCUCGCCUCGUCCACCUCCUCAGGUACCUCUGACCCCCAACGCAUCUGCAUCCUCGGCGCCACAAACCGUAUCCAAGACAUCGACGAAGCCAUUCUCCGCCGCAUGCCCAAGAAGUUCCCCGUUGCCCUCCCCUCAGCCGCCCAACGCCACAACAUCUUCUCCCUUAUCCUCCGCGGCACCAAAAUCGACACGGCAAACUUCGACCUUGACUACCUUGUCCGCGUCUCCGCAGGCAUGUCCGGCUCCGACAUCAAAGAAGCUUGCCGCGACGCCGCCAUGGGCCCCGUCCGCGAGUACAUCCGUCGCAAGAAGGCUGACGGCACCCUACGUAGCAGCAAGGCCGUCAAAGCCGCAGACGUCCGCGGUCUCCGCACUGAAGACUUCUUCGGUCGCGGAAAGGGCCUCCGUGACUUGGACACGCUCGAUCAGACCCGCGAGGAAAUGAAUGCCAACGUGAGGAGUAGAGUUCAUACUACCGAGGAGGAGUCGGAGGAAGAUGAAGAUGAAGACGACGAUGCUACGACUGAAGUCACUACCACCACCGAAGAUGCAAGCGAGCGCGGUAGCGAGCCCACGUUCCGCGAUGACAAGUAUCGACCCAGGGCUACGCCACCGUCCGCGCCGGACAAUAGGCGUGAGAGAGACGCCGUAGUUUCGAGGUGA